UAUUAUUCCAUAAUAUUGCGGCUAGUAAUCAGCGCAGUUGUGUUGGAACCUACCAGGUACACACUUGUACUCCUGGGUGGAGAGAGGCAACCUAAAUAAAGUGCCUUCUACAAAUGUAAGGCGAGCGAUCGCGGUCGCGCAUCAUCGUGCACCUAAUCUGCUAUCAAGGGGUAUGAAAAAUAACUUGCUUUAGAUUUCAAAAUAACUCACCUUCGUGACAGCCCUCGAAAUGCCGACGCAAUUUUUGCUGACCAUGGCAACUAUUUAUCAAUGUAAAAGAUGCAAGGCCUAGGAUGAAAAACGUCUUUAUACCAAUAUCGUGGGUCAUUAUACUUUACUGUGUACAAUGUACGAACUUCUACAAACCCAAAAAACAGUUAAUAAACAACAAUUUAGCACAAUAAACAUGUUGCUGUCUAGGAAUUAACAACUAAUGUAGGCCUAGCACAACACCCUAUGAAUGAACUGUUCGUACUGCUUUCUCAGUCCCAAUAGCGUACUGCCAGAGAUUAUCUAUUGAUUUAAAACGACACACCAAUAAACGUUAAAGUUAAAUGAUUAGAUCAAAUGAAAAUGAGGCCUUCCAUUGUUUAAUAAAGUGCAUUAUCACUCCUUAAAUAUCGAUUGGAAUCAACCUGAAUGAAGACAGAACUCAAAGCAAGUUUCUACGAUGGCUGACUCUUUUUUAGUAGACGUUUAUUCGGAUUUGGAUGUCAUUAGAUUCAUCAGUGUUUGCAAAUGCAUAGCUUCACUUAUUCUUCAAACAAAACACUUUUCAGAAACAUGUUGCUAAUUUAAUUACGGAGGUAAUUUGUAGAGAAUAGAAUUUAAAUUUGUUAGAUUUAUUUAGAUUUGAUUUAUAAAUAUAGGCAAUACACUGAAUUCGUUCUAUCAGCAAGCUGUCACGCAAUGUAACUUUUGGCGAUCUGACGUCAUCACAGCCAAGCGCAUGUUUGCACAUGACCCCACAAAAAGAAUUAACCAAUAAGCUGGCAGGAGGCGCGACAUGAUGAUGUCUGAUGUUGUUUACAACAACCGACCAGCAAGUGGCAUUGUGACUACAAAGAAUGUGUUGGGUUUAAGGGAAAAAUAUCAGACCGAAAAUUGUUCAAAUAAAAGAAGGAAGCACAUACAGAGACAUGCCAAAGACUCCAGCUAGGAAGCGUGGAACCAGACAAAAGGCAGAAUUGGCUGCAGCAUCUGAUGCAACGCAGAACAAAUGCUCGCCAGUUCUAUCACCAAAGACACCAAAGCUGGAUAGAAGCACAACAAGAAUCAAACAAGAUGUGACAAAUAAUUUUGACUUGCUUCAGGAAACCAUUCGAGGAAAAUUGUGCAACAAUCAGUUACCAGAAAAUGUGGAAUCAUUCAAAGAACAAAAAAAACAUUUAUUGGAAAUUCUAAAACGAUGUGCCAACCUGGGUGAAAGUAACUCAGCAUUACUAAUUGGUCCCAGAGGUGCUGGUAAAUCAAUGCUGAUGAAGGAUGUUCUGAAAGAGUUGCAUGAGAACAACAUGGACAUCACUAAGAAUUUGUUAGAGGUGCAUCUAAAUGGGUUGCUACAGACUGAUGACAGGAUUGCAUUGAAAGAAAUCACAAGGCAACUGAAUCUUGACAAUGUAGUCGGAGAUAAAGUAUUUGGAUCAUUUGCUGAGAACCUUGCCUUUUUAUUAGAAGCCCUAAAAACAGGCAGUAAAGAAAGCAAACCGGUGUUGUUUAUCUUAGACGAAUUUGAUCUGUUUGCCCAUCAUCGCAAUCAAACAUUGCUUUAUAAUCUAUUUGACAUCUGUCAGUCAGCCCAGACACCGAUUGUUGUUAUCGGUUUGACGUGCCGAUUGGAUGUUGUUGAACUGCUGGAGAAAAGAGUCAAGUCUCGCUUUUCUCAUCGUCAAAUACAUGUAUUCAAUACCUUGACCUUUGACCAGUUCAUGCAGGUUGCCGAAAAAAAGUUGCAAUUACCAAAGGAUUUCAAAGAUAAAAGUUUUAUGAAGCAAUGGCAUGAAAAUGUGAAGAUGGCAUUCCAAGACAAGACAAUACUUGAUGUUAUGAAAAAACACUAUGAAGUUCAUAAGGAUAUACACUCUCUUCAAAUUCUAUUUAUGUACCCACUUUCAAAAGUGUCAGCACUCAGACCGCACCUAUCUGCAGCCGAUUUCGUGGAAGCAGCCCGUUUGCAAUCAUUGGAUGCUAAGCCUGCUAUGCUUCAUGGUGUAUCUGUUCUGCAGCUUUGCCUCAUUAUAGCUAUGCGACAUUUGGUGGACAUAACAGAGGGUGAACCAUUCAACUUUGAGAUGGUAUACAAUGAAUAUUUAAAGUUUUUACAGAAGAAAUCACAUUCAAUUCAAAGUUAUGACAAGGCAAUUGUGCUUAAGGCAUUUGAACAGCUUGUUGCUAUAGAACUUGUUCACCCAGCAGAUAACUCAACACGCACUCAGAAAGAAUAUCGACCAAUGAACAUUCUUCUUACAAAAUCACAGCUAGUGGAAUCUCUGAAUAGUUACCAGGGUUGCCCAUCCGAAAUUAAACAUUGGGCUGUGCACCCGGUACUUUCCUGAUAAACAACCACUAUUAUAUUAAGAUUACAGGGUCAACUACCGAGAGUGCAACUAAUUCUAUGAUCAUCAGAAUGGCAUCACCAGAAUGGCAUCCAUUUAACGACAAUUAGAAUGGCAAUUUAUCCUAUAGUCACCAGAAGUGCACUCGGAUUGACAAUGCAUUUAUUGAUAAUGAGAAUUGCAAUUACCUAGUGAUCAUCAGAAUGGCACAUCACCAGAAUGACAUCCAUCCAGUGACCAUUAGAAUGGCAAUUUAUCCUAUAGUCACCAGAAGUGCACUCGGAUUGACAAUGCAUUUAUUGAUAAUGAGAAUUGCAAUUACCUAGUGAUCAUCAGAAUGGCACAUCACCAGAAUGACAUCCAUCCAGUGACCAUUAGAAUGGCAAUUUAUCCUAUAGUCACCAGAAGUGCACUCGGAUUGACAAUGCAUUUAUUGAUAAUGAGAAUUGCAAUUACCUAGUGAUCAUCAGAAUGGCACAUCACCAGAAUGACAUCCAUCCAGUGACCAUUAGAAUGGCAAUUUAUCCUAUAGUCACCAGAAGUGCACUCGGAUUGACAAUGCAUUUAUUGAUAAUGAGAAUUGCAAUUACCUAGUGAUCAU